AUGCGCAAUGACCACGCCCCCUGCGUGGUAUCUUUCCGCCGAAGUAUCAGCCGCCAAGUGACCGUCAAGCCGAAACACAUCUAAAAAUGACCGACCAAGGGCUGACGAAUGAAGCAGCAGCCGCUGCGUGUAAAGAGGGGAACCCCAUCACUAAAGACUUCAUGAUGCAGCAGACGAUGCUGCGGGUUAAGGAUCCGGUUAAAUCCCUGGAUUUCUACACACGCAUAUUGGGAAUGACUUGGGACCCUGUACAAAUUGAGAGCCAUAUUGGAAUUGCUGUACCGGAUGUCUAUGCUGCCUGCAAGCUGUUUGAAGAGAAUGGAGUGACCUUUGUAAAAAAGCCUGAUGAUGGUAAAAUGAAGGGCCUGGCCUUUAUUCAGGAUCCUGAUGGUUACUGGAUUGAGAUUCUCAGCCCUAACAACAUGGUGUCCAUCACUUCUUAAAGACUGUUGUUAUGCUGUGACCUGAUCAGAAGACACUAGUUGUGAAAAUCAAGGACAGUUGGGUGAUCAGAAAGGGGGGUUGCUCUGUGGACAGCAUGGAAAGCUGUGCACACUAUGAAGACUGACAAUCUUUGACAGUGUGUUAGACAUUUGGUCAGCUGAGUAUAAAAUAUAACAAUACAAUUUGACAUUUACUUUUUGUAAUAAUGCACUAACUGAAUUAACUCUAACCUUAAAAGUUUACAUUACUAAAAUAAAAUAUUUUUUGAAUUUUUGCAGUCAUUCUAACCUUAAAACCCUACCGUUGUUUGAUCAAAUAAAGCAAGGCAAUUA